AUGAAGCGCCUCGGGUACACUAAGUCACGUAACGGCUGCUCGCGAUGCAAGCAGAGACGGGUAAAAUGCGAUGAACACGCCCCAUGCCGGGCAUGCGUAACACAUGGCGUGCGGUGUAGUCUUCAGUCAACCAGCUCGAAGCCCCGCCUAGAUCCAACAUCCCCACGAUUGACUGAGAAGGCUAGAAAGCCACUUGUUAGAAGAGUAAAGUUUUUAUGUGACAUGAACUCGGGUGCCCGCACUGGCUGGAUCUUAGACCUCGAGCUUAUGCAUCACUACACUCGCGUCGCACAUUGCACAAUCUUCUCGUCUUGCCCCCACGUGUACAAAGUGCUUCAGCAUGAUGUAACACGAGAGGCUUUCUCCUUCCCAUUUCUUCUUCAACAAUUGCUCGCAUUCUCAGGCUUUCACAUGGCAUUCCUGCACCCGGAUCGCCGUGAUCACUACAUAUUUCAGGCUUCACAGCACCAGAGUUUGGCAAUCGCUGGCAUGAGUUCGAUCCUCACGGCAGAUUUGAUUCCAAGCAACUGUCAUGCUCUGUAUGCAAGCUCUGUGUUUGUCAUCAUCAGCGCUUUCGGCACGUACCCAAGCUGCGACAAAUAUAACGACUCCUUUCAGCCAAUCGACAGCUUAGUCGAUAUUUUUAUCCUCAUCCGCGGUAUGAGUAUGAUUAUCCAUUCUUCAGAUCUCCAACUUAGGAACGGGCCUUUGAAGGGGCUUUUUGGUUCGUGCUUGAGUCCCGAGGUGGGCUUGGUGAAUCACCUUCAACCAAUAGCCGACCAACUGCACAAAGUCAGGUUAUACCUAACAGAGCAAAACCACAGUCUCAAUGACAAUGAAAGAGACGCCUUGCUAGAAGCUGUCACUUCAUUCACUGGUCUCAUCACUGAGGUUACCAGCAGCCAUAAGAUGGCCGCAACGCCCGAGCUGAGGGUCAUUUUUGCUUGGCCCAUGAGAAUCUCAACUACCUACCUCGACCUAAUGCGGUGUUACCAUCCCUUAGCACUUGUCGUUCUUUCAUAUUACUGUGUUCUGUUGCACUCAAGGGAAGCCAGCUAUUGGUUCCUCGAAGGCUGGGCUAAUGCAUUAAUUAAGCGCAUUAAGAAGCAACUUGUCGAUUCACCGUGGGUGGAAUUGAUCAGGGAUGGACAUCGAACGAACGGGAAUCGAAUCGAUAGAUUCAUUCGAUGCCAAGUCUUACGAAUGUCGAAUCGAAUUUCUUGGCAUUCGAUUCGAUGUCGAAUCUGCGGCGUGCCCAUUCGAUUCGCAUCGAAUCGAAUGUGA